UCAGUCCCAUGAUUCACUUUAAAGACGCUGAAUGCGUUGUGUACGAGAAUGCCAUUCUCAAACUAAACAUUUCACAUGAGACAACUUUUUGGUUUAGACUGCAUCAAAGUAGUUGGAUUGAAUAACAAAUGCGAUCCGGUUGGAAAUAGAGUGUGAUUUGUAGGGUUAAUAACCUGAAAAGUAGAGCGAUGUGAAAUUCCAACGGAGUACGUGUCUGGUAUAGUAUAGGACUCGGAGAGGUAAAGCAUCCACGCCCUGUUACUGAUCGCUUUUUGAAGUCGAGAUAUCAGACUUGUGUUGAACUAGUAAUCUAUACAAAAGAAAUGCAUUAUCGUUCCUGUAUAAUACCACGAAUCUUAUGCUUUUCAUGAGAUUUGGCCAGUACACUUCGCAUGAAUACUUGUAGACUCGAGAUGUACAUCAUCUUCUGAUCACGUCGGCCUAAUAAUUACGAUUCAGACGUUUCAUGGACAGGAUGGAUCUUUCAAAGGUUUUCAAUGACCCCAUUCAUAGCAGUGUUCAGAUGCCGAAGCAUUGCCAGAUAAUCAUCGAUACACCAGAGUUCCAGAGACUACGAUUUAUCAAGCAGCUUGGCUGUACCUGUUAUGUGUUCCCAAGCGCCGUCCAUACCAGAUUUGAGCACUCAAUAGGUGUCAGCCACUUGGGAGGCAAACUUGCCUCAAUGCUCCAACAUAAUGAUCGUAACAGCAGCGUCCCUAUUCAGAACACCGAGGUCGCUUGUGUUGAGAUCGCCGGUCUCUGCCAUGACAUCGGACAUGGUCCCUUCUCUCAUGCCUUUGAAGACAUCGUACCACCAGACAAGGAUGGCAAGAAAUGGAAACAUGAGGAGCAGUCGGUCAUCUUGUUCAGAUAUCUCAUCCAGCAUAACAGCCUAGAGAAGAAGCUCGAGGAACACAAUAUCUACGCCAAAGAUAUCGAUUUCAUCUGUCAGCUAAUUCUGGGUGUCAAGAAGGAUGAAGAAAUGCUUCGUGAGAACAAGUUCUGCCUGUAUCAGAUAGUGAACAACAGUGUAAACGGGGUGGACGUGGACAAAUGGGACUAUUUUGCUCGGGACACCCACUACCUAGGCAUGAAAUCUGCAUUCGACUUCAAUCGUAUUCUGCCCUUCGUGAAGGUUUUUGAUGUGAAGCGAGGAAGUAAAACCAGGGGAGAACUCUGCUUUAGAGACAAGGUAGCGAGUGAUCUGAACCAUAUGUUUCUCACAAGACGCCGUCUUCACUAUACAUCUUACCAGCAUAGGGUCAGCAAGAUCAUCACCAUCAUGUUGAAGGACGCUUUCCGAGAAGCUGCUGACCAUCUCGUAUUCGUUGGUAAAGGCGGAAAGGAGUACAACCUAUUGGAAUCUGUGAAGGACCCCGAGGCCUUCUGCCAAGUCAAUGACACCAUUGUCAACGAAAUUAUGCGCUCACGAUCUCAAGAAUCAGGAAUGGUGAAGGCACGGGAGAUCAUAGACCGAAUACACAAGAGAGAACUCUACCAGUGCAUUGCGGAAUGCCAACAUGCCAACGAAGAGAUGCGUACAGUAGAUUCAGCUGUGAUUAAGCGAUUGAUCGUAAUUGAUGCUGACGAUCUCUCAUCCCUGUCAUCGUCCUCUUUAAUGGAGAUAUUCCGAGCUGACAAUAUCGAAGUCGAGGUAUCACACUUUGACUACGGAAGUGGAGACAAGAACCCUCUCCUCGAUAUCCCGUUCUACAAGAAAACAGGUGAUGGUAAAUUUGAUGCCGAGCUCCUACCAGAGGACAAGCUCCCAGCCGACCUGCCGCAGCGACUGCUAGACGUCACCUUCCGCAUCUACACCAAGGUACCCAAAUUAGAUCGAGAGACCAUUAAGAACGCUAGGGACAGAUGCACGACCAGGCUUGAAAUGAUAAAUCGGAGGCGACGCUCCGUCCCAACCACACCCGUCAAGCAGAAAGUCAGGAGUCCACCAAUUGGCCGAAUGGCUUCCAGUCCGCCCAUAGGCGCUGUUAGCCCUCUUAACAGCAUCACCAGCUACGGUUUAGAUUCGUUUGUCAGUACUGAUGGGGAUGCAGGUAUUCCGAGUCUGAUGUCGAACCCUCCUGAUGCUGCUGCUGCUGCGCUUGGUACGGGGUCGGCUGAGUUUAAUUCUCGAGGUUCGCGAUCCCCUGAACCAGAAGCUAAAGUCACACUAGACACCACCAAGCGCAAUAUCACCUUCUGAAAACCACCCUCAACGAGGGUCGAAAUCAGGAGUAGGUUUGAUACCCCCUGACAGGGAAACCUGUCUAACAUCUCUGAUUAAUAAACCCUUAAAGCUCGUCUGUACUAGUUUAGCCAUGAGGGAUUAGACCACCCUGCAAGGUCACUGAAUCAGCUCUCAAUUAA